GGCGCGGCCCCGCUCCGCGCGCCGCCAUGAGCUGCUCAGCGGACGCCGUGAAGGAGAAGCUGCUGUGGAACGUGAAGAAGGAGGUAAAGCAGAUCAUGGAAGAAGCUGUCACCCGGAAAUUUGUACAUGAAGACAGCAGUCACAUCAUCGCCUUAUGUGGUGUUGUGGAAGCCUGUCUCCUGCACAUGCUGAAACGCAGGGCUGCUGGCUUCUUGCGGACUGACAAGGUAGCUGCGCUGUUCACCAAAGUUGGCAAAACCUAUGCAGUAGCUGGAGACAUAUGUAAGAAAGUGCAGGAACUGCAGCAGCAGGUGGAAAGCAGGAAAAAUCAGCCAAAUGGGCAAGAAUCCCUCAAGAGGCAGGGAUCAACCACAAGCAAAACGCCUGCCCUGACGCCUCAGGCUAUCAAACACAUAUGGGUUCGAACAGCCUUGAUUGAGAAAGUACUCGACAAAAUUAUGCAGUAUAUUGUUGAUAACUGCAGUAAAUAUUAUGAAAAAGAAGCUUUACUGGCAGAUCCUGUUUGUGGCCCAAUACUUGCUUCCCUCUUAGUUGGACCAUGUGCACUGGAAUAUACCAAGCUAAAAACAACUGAUCACUACUGGACAGACCCUUCAGCAGAUGAACUUGUUCAGCGACACCGGAUUCAUGGAGUUCAUGGCCGCCAAGACUCUCCUUCAAAGCGCCCAGCCCUGGGAAUUCGGAAACGACACUCAAGUGGGAGCACAUCAGAGGAUCGCUUUGCUGCUUCAGCAAGAGAAUAUGUGGAGUCUUUACACCAGAAUUCCCGAACGCACCUCUUGUAUGGAAAAAAUAAUGUCUUGGUCCAACCGAAAGAUGACUUGGAGGCAAUUCCUGGGUAUCUCUCCCUUCAUCAGUCAGCAGAGAGUUUGACAUUAAAAUGGACUCCAAAUCAACUGAUGAAUGGAACCCUUGGAGAUUCUGAGCUGGAGAAAAGUGUUUAUUGGGACUACGCAUUAAUAGUGCCACUCAGCCAGAUUGUCUGCAUUCACUGCCAUCAACAACCAGAAAGCAGAGGGACAUUAGUCUUGGUGAGUCAGGAUGGAACUCAGAGACCUCCACUGCACUUCCCACAAGGAGGUCACCUUCUUGCAUUCCUUUCCUGUCUGGAAAAUGGCCUUCUGCCUCGUGGACAGCUGGAACCACCACUCUGGUCACAACAGGGCAAGGGUAAAGUAUUUCCAAAGCUUCGAAAACGAAACAGCAACAAAUCAGUGGACCUAGAAGAAGUGCCAGUUGAAGACAGUGCUACAGACUAUGUGUUCAGAAUUAUCUAUCCAGGACACAAGCAUGAUAACAUAACUAUUAACUACCACCACUUAGCUGCCAGCCGCUCUGCCUCUGUUGACGAUGAUGAGGAGGAGGAAGAUAAGCUACACGCAAUGCUAUCAAUGAUCUGCUCUCGGAACCUCACAGCUCCUAAUAGGAUGAAAGACACCAGUGAAAUGAUAGAGAUGCAAGGCUUUGGGGCAAACUUGCUUUCAUGGCAGUUGGAGCAUUGUAGCCAAGGCUCCUCAUGUCUCUCCUGCUCAACAGGCAGUUCUCCAUAUGAUAUACCCAACUGUUGCAACUGCAUCCAUGAUAGAACUCCAUUAAAGAUGUUGUGCGAAAGCAUGAAGAGGCAAAUAGUUUCCAGAGCUUUUUAUGGAUGGCUUGCUUACUGCCGCCAUUUGUCAACAGUGCGAACACAUCUAUCUGCACUUGUGAAUCACACUAUUAUUCCACCUGAUAAACCAGCCAGUGCUUCAGGAGGCCUUACUAAAGAGGUCUGGAGCAAGUAUCAGAAGGACAAGAAGAAUUACAAGGAACUGGAAUUACUAAGAAGAGUUUACUAUGGUGGGGUACAGCAUGAGAUUCGAAAGGAGGUUUGGCCAUUCUUGCUAGGUCACUAUAAAUUCGGCAUGGCCAAAAAGGAAAUGGAUCAGGUGGAUGAAGACAUUGCUCUCCGGUAUCAGAAGGUCAUGGCUGAGUGGAAAGCCUGUGAGAUCAUUGUAAAGCAGCGAGAGAAAGAAUCACAUUCUGCCACAAUGGCAAAAUUUUCAUCAGGCAGCAGCAUUGAUAGCCAUGUCCAGCGACUGAUUCACAGGGACUCUACCAUCAGCAAUGAUGUCUUUAUAUCUGUAGAUGAAAUGGACUCAGCAGAGCGAGACACAAAAGGUCAGGAUGACCCCACUUUCACUGUUGUGUCUGUAGACACACCAGCAGCAGUAGCUGCCGUAGAGCAGCAGUCUGUAGAGUUUGACUCUCCUGAUUCUGGGCUACCAUCCUCUCGGAACUACUCUGUGGCCUCUGGCAUUCUGUCCAGUAUUGAUGAUGGGCAGAGUGUCUCUUUUGAAGAUGGGGCUGAAGAAGAAGCUAGCACCGACUUGGAAAGAACUGAUGUAGACACAGCACAUGUGCAGAAAGCCAAGUCAGGUGUACUGGAGUCUCAGGAUUCUGUAUCUGAAGAGCAGCUGUGUUCCCAGGUGGAUUAUUUAAUGGAUGUUGCUUCUGUCUGUGCUGCAUCCUACACAAUAGAAUUAUUGGACACUGUUGCCUUAAAUUUGCACAGAAUUGAUAAAGAUGUCCAGAGAUGUGAUCGGAAUUACUGGUAUUUUACUGCUGAUAACCUGGAAAAACUCCGAAAUGUCAUGUGCAGUUAUGUUUGGGAGCACCUAGAAGUUGGUUAUGUUCAAGGCAUGUGUGACCUCCUAGCUCCUCUGAUGGUUAUACUUGAUAAUGAUCAACUGGCUUACAGCUGCUUCAGCCACCUCAUGAAGAGGAUGAGCCAGAACUUCCCCAAUGGAGGUGCUAUGGAUGCACAUUUUGCCAACAUGCGAUCCCUAAUCCAAAUUCUAGACUCAGAGCUUUUUGAAUUGAUGCACCAGAAUGGAGAUUACACUCACUUUUACUUCUGCUAUCGCUGGUUCCUGCUUGACUUUAAAAGAGAAUUGUUGUACGAGGAUGUAUUUACAGUGUGGGAAGUUAUUUGGGCAGCAAAGCACAUCUCUUCAGAACAUUUUGUCCUUUUCAUUGCCUUAGCACUUGUGGAGGUUUAUCGAGAGAUUAUCCGUGAUAACAACAUGGACUUCACUGAUAUCAUCAAGUUUUUUAAUGAAAUGGCAGAGCAUCAUAACGCCCAGGAAAUUCUGAGGAUAGCAAGAGACCUUGUCUACAAAGUGCAGACACUGAUUGAAAAUAAGUGAUAAUGAGCAGACUGUCAUUGUGGCCUUGUUGUGAGCUAUGGGAUGGAGCACUUCUUGCACUGUAACUUCAAAAUGUUGUUUUAAUUGCAUCUUCCAUAUAAUGUAAUAAAUAUUUAAGAAAUUUGUAAAAGACUUUUAAAAAUGGAGCUUUUCCUUCACCAGAUAAAGUUUGUGUUUGAUA